GGCGGCGGCGGCGGCGGCGAUGAACGCGUCGGGGCGGCUGCCGGCGGGAGGCGAAGAGGAGCCCCCCGGCGCUGCUCUGCUGCCGCUGGGCGGGAACGGCAGCGCGGGUAGCGGCCCUGGGGAGCUGCGAGAGGCGACCCACGCCGUAACGCUGGCGGCCUGCGUCACCCUGCUGGCCCUCAUCUUCUGCCUGGGUUCCUACGGCAACCUCAUCGUCCUCCUGUCCUUCUUCGACCCCGCCCUCAGGAAAUUCAGGACCAACUUCGACUUCAUGAUCCUCAAUCUCUCUUUCUGCGAUCUCUUCAUCUGUGGGGUGGCCGCCCCUAUGUUUGCUUUUGUCCUCUUCUUUGACUUGACCCGAGGCGCCCCGGGUGCCUUCUGCUUCACUUUCCACCUCACCAGCUCCGGCUUCAUCAUCAUGUCUCUCAAGACAGUGGCGGUCAUCGCCCUGCACCGGCUGCGCAUGGUGCUGGGGAAGCAGCCACACUGCGCAGCCUCUUUCCCUUGCACCCUUCUCCUCACCCUGCUCCUAUGGGCUACCAGUUUCACCUUGGCCACCUUGGCCACACUCAAAACUCGUGGCUCCCGCCUCUGCUUGCCCAUGUCCAGCUUUGCCAGCGACGAGGGGAAGAUCAUCCUCUACCUUUAUGUCACCGACUUCAUCUGCUGUGUGGCCGUGGUGUCUGUCUCCUAUGUCAUGAUCGCUCAAGCACUGCGGAGGAAUGCCCAGGUGAGGAAAUGUCCACCUGUGGUGGCUGUAGACGCCUGCAGACCACAGCCCUUCGUGGAACCCCUGGCCACCAUGGCCAGGGAGGGCAUGCAGAGCUCUGUGCCUGCCUUGUACAGGAACCAGAGCUACAGCAAGCCACAGGACGUCCAGAUGCAUGGCUAUGCAAAGCAUCUCGGCCAGCCACUGGCCACUACUGCUGGCCGGCUGAAGCUAGUGUCAGCAGUCAACCUGUCCGCAGCCAAAGACACCAGGGCAGUGGUGACAUGCAUCAUCAUCGUGCUGUCGGUAUUGGUUUGCUGCCUGCCCUUGGGCAUUUCUCUGGUGCAGGACAUGCUGUCCAGCAGCGGUGGCUUUGUUCUCUACCAAUUUGAGCUGUGUGGGUUUACUCUCAUUUUUUUCAAAUCUGGAUUAAAUCCUUUUAUAUAUUCCCGCAACAGUGUGGGGCUCCGGAGGCGGCUCCUCUGGUGCCUGCAGUAUGUAGCACUCGUCUUUUUCUGCUGCAAGCAGAAGACAAGGCUUCGGGCCGUGGGCAAAGGCAGCCUGGAAGUCAAUAGGAACAAGUCAUCCCACCAUGAGACAAAUUCAGCCUACAUGUUGUCUCCAAAACCUCAGAAAAAGUUUGUGGACCAAGCUUGUGGUCCUAGUCACUCCAAGGAAAGCGUGCUGAGUCCUAAGGCCUCUGAUGGGCACCAGCACUAUGCACAGAGCAGCUCCACCCCCAUGAACACCCGAAUCGAGCCCUAUUACAGUAUCUAUAACAGCAGCCCUUCCCAGGAAGUCAGCACCCCCAACAGCCUACAGCCGGCAAACUCAGCUUUCGUGUUUGCCAAACCCUGCCUUGCCAUGCAUUAUCACACCACCAACGACUUGGUGCGAGACUAUGACAGAGCUUCGACCAAGCAGAUACCAGUGCCCUCAGUGUAUCCUUAGAAAGGGCUCUGAUGUGGCUGAUCCCUUCUUUGUUUCUGUUAAUGGUUAUUUUGAACCUGAUGCUGCCAAUUAAGGAAGGUGACACUAAUACUAAUACCCAACUAUCUGCAUUUGAAGUGAAUACUGGGAUAUUAUUUCCAUCAUGCUGUCUUGAGUUUCUGAGGGAAGUGAAAAGGGAGGAUGUAGUAGGUCUGUAUUUGGAAUUGUUACGUAAGGGUGGUUUUGUGACUAAAUUUUACUACUGGACAGGUAGAAAAGACUAAAUGUUGACAGCUAUACAAUUUGUUAUUUCAUGAGAUAGCAUGUCUCAGAGAACAGUGCCAGAAGUAUUACCUGUUAAUCUGCACAUCUGCUGUAUUUUCAACAAGAAUUAGAAGGGUGCUCAGAAUUGCAGUGGGCCCAAGUUUAACCUCCAUUUGUUGCAGAAGGUUGAAAGGUUCGGUGGGCUUUGUCGUAGUAAGUGUCAGUAAUAAUAAAAGUCCUUUCUAUUUGCAGGGUAAAUUCCUGGUUCUGUUGAGUUAGAUGGUAACAUUUCCGUGAACUUGCACUGAAGUUUAGGGUUUCAGUCUCUGCUUCCUAAAGCAAGAGAGAGCAGUUUAUGGAGUUACAGUGUCAAUGGGAAAGAACUUCUGAGAAGCCUUGUGGCACUGUAAUAAAUCUGUGAGGCAUAUAUAUAUCUUCACUUACAUUUAUUCUGAAGAUUGGUGAUGUUCUGUAUCCCAAAAUAAUUUAGAGAAGUAUUUUCCACCUGGUAGAAGUAAUUGUGCUUAAUACCCAAUGACAGGCUUUACUGGAGGAUAAAGAUGAAUAUUGUAAUGUUACGGUACUGAUACACUAUAAGCCUUGCAGGAAUGUUCAUACUCAUAAAGUUACUCAAAGAGUAGCAUUGCUGGUUGUUUGUUGGUUUUUUUGUGUGUGAGUUUCUGUAAAAGCAGAAGUUUGGGGGAGGGGGGAAGGGGUGAUUCAGCUGUGAUAUUCCCAGCAUUCUUAGAAGCAGAAUGACUACACAACAACUACAAGUUUUGGAGGCUUUCUUAAGAAGGGGAAUAAUCUGUCUGCUUAUGAACUUCAUCAGUCGGGCUGCACACUGAGCAAAGCCACCAAUAAGUUUUUAUGGCUUGUGUGGUGUCAGGUGUUGUGGGAAUUCCUUGGGAAAAAGAAGGAUUCGAGGAAUUUAAAUUCCUGGUGAUUACCAUUUUAAGUGGCCAGAUCGUGUCAAAGCCCUUCAAAUUCUGUGGACUUCAGCAGAGCCUUUGUAUCUCUGGAAUAAUGAUGCCACAGACUUUGAGUGCCUUGUUAUAAGGAAAUGCCACAUUCUAAGCAAAAUUACAGCAAUGGAAAGAUGAAACAACCCAUUCACCUCUUUGCCCUGUGUCAGUUGUUGUGGAUCUUUGUUAACUAAACUAUUUUCAAGAUUUCCCUAGAGGACUGACAUCAUGAACACUAUUCUUUGUUUAAUACUCUGCAUUUUAAUUAAUUUUGAAUAAUUCAUGACAGCUUUCUGGCAAUAAACUGUAUGUGAACAACUUUCUAAUAUACCUGUAAAAUGGAAAUUAAUUCCAUAGCUAUUUCUUUCUGCCCAAGUACUUUAUGAAUAAAUAUCACGAUUCUUUCUAAAGCAACUAUAAAAGAUAACCAAAAGA